UCAGUUGGUCACAUUGAUCAUGUACUAAGUUGGAAGUAUCUGAUCAGAAAGAGACUAUUACAUUGUAAGUUCUAGUAAAAUAGACUUAGUGAGUAAAAUUUUAAGUUUUUUAUUUGUCUCCGUGGUUUUUUAUCAGUAUUUUCGUAGGAAGAGGUGUUCUUAUUAAAUCUGAAAGUUUUGGGCUGAACCACUAUUGUGUGUCAACCAUGGCAGCCUUACCAAGAAGAAUCAUCAAGGAAACCCAACGUUUGAUGCAAGAACCAGUGCCCGGAAUCAGUGCAGUUCCUGAUGACAGCAAUGCUCGAUAUUUUCAUGUGAUCGUUACAGGGCCUGAGGAUUCUCCUUUUGAAGGUGGUCUUUUUAAGUUGGAAUUAUUUUUGCCUGAAGAUUAUCCUAUGUCAGCUCCAAAAGUUAGAUUUAUUACAAAAAUUUAUCACCCUAACAUAGAUAGAUUGGGUAGAAUAUGCCUUGAUAUACUAAAAGAUAAAUGGAGCCCUGCCCUUCAAAUCAGAACAGUACUUUUAUCCAUUCAAGCACUGCUCAGCGCAACCAUCCCAGAUGAUCCACUAGCAAAUGAUGUUGCAGAGUUAUGGAAGGUUAAUGAAAGUGAAGCUAUACGUAAUGCGAAGGAAUGGACUCGAAGAUAUGCCAUGGACAAUUGACUGUCAAAUGUGACUUCGCCUGAGUUUUGACUUGUAUUUCUUCGCAUCUACAAACUGUUGUCAAUGAUACAGACAUUGUUAGGCUACAGUACUACCUGCAUGAAACAUGCGUCAAGUUUUAUGUACAGUUCAACAAUGUUUAUAAAAGAAUGAAUUAAAAUUUGCCCAAGAUUAA